CGUCGUUGGCCGCGGCGGCGGCGGCGGCAGUGGCGCUGGCAGUGAUAACCGCGGCGGCCGACAGACUACGAUGCGCCCGGCUCCCGGCCGCAGGCAACAAGUGCCACGUCAAGUCCGACCCUGAAUCCAGAUCCCGCGCGUAUUGCUGUUGCUAGAGCUAAGACACCAACGUGAGCACAAUAAUACUUAGAAAAAUGAGCGUCGACUGCGUUUACACCAGUGCAGUGACGUUACUGCUGUGUUGUUCAGCCGUCUUGGGACGGCCGUCAUCCAAUGGUGGAGCAGACGGUGGCGGUGGUGGUGGCAGUGGAGGUGGUACUGGCACUGCUGGUGGCGGUGGCGCAGGUGGCAACGGUAGUGGUGGGUCGGCGGUCGACGAUACUGACGAGAGCCCUGUGGUGGUGACCAGUACCGGUAUAGUGCAGGGGUACACGAAAAUCAUUGCGAACCGCGAGGUGCGGGUGUACACGGGCAUACCGUUCGCCAAGCCACCAGUGGGUCAGCUCAGGUUCCGGCGCCCAGUGCCCAUCGAUCCCUGGUCAGGUGUGCUGAACGCCACCAGGUUGCCGAAUACAUGCUACCAAGAGCGGUACGAGUAUUUCCCUGGGUUCGUUGGCGAAGAGAUGUGGAACCCGAAUACCAAGCUCUCGGAGGACUGUUUGUACUUGAACGUUUGGAUACCGAGGAAACAACGCACCAGGCACCAUUCGAAUAACGCGCAUCAUGCCAAGAUACCAGUACUAGUUUGGAUAUACGGUGGAGGUUAUAUGUCGGGUACUUCGACAUUAGAUAUCUAUGACGGCGAUCUAUUGGCAGCUACGUUCGACGUAAUGAUUGCUUCUAUGCAGUAUAGGCUCGGGGCAUUUGGUUCGUUAUACUUAACGCCCGAGCUCCCUGAGGAUAGCGAUGACGCGCCUGGCAAUAUGGGAUUAUGGGAUCAAGCGCUGGCUAUCAAGUGGAUCAAAGAAAAUGCAGCGGCUUUUGGAGCUGAUCCAGAGACAAUUACGUUGUUUGGAGAAUCAGCAGGAGGUGGAUCAGUGAGUGUGCACUUAAUUUCGCCGGAGACAAGAGGCAUGGUAAAACGUGGAAUUAUACAGUCUGGUACCGUGAACGCACCUUGGAGCUACAUGACUGGUGAACGAGCAGUAGACAUAGCAAAGAAGUUGUUGGACGAUUGCAACUGUAAUUCGUCGUCAUUGUAUAGCAACCCGAUUGGCACCAUGUCAUGCAUGCGAUCUGUUGAUGCAAGUACCAUAUCUAAAAAGCAAUGGAACAGCUAUUCCGGUAUUUUGGGUUUCCCGUCUGCGCCUACCGUGGACGGAAUUCUCCUUCCGGAACACCCACUGGACAUGUUGGCUAAGGCGAAUUUUUCGGACAUCGAUAUACUUAUUGGAAGCAAUCUGAACGAAGGAACAUAUUUUUUGCUGUACGAUUUUGUCGAUUUCUUCGACCGGACGUCGGCCACUGCUUUGCCCAGGGAAAAAUUUGUGCAAAUAGUCAACGUAAUAUUCAAAGAUAGAACACAGUUGGAAAGAGAUGCUAUUAUAUAUCAGUAUUCGGGAUGGGAAAAAAAAGAAGUGGAUGACAUAUAUUCCAACCAAAAACAAUUGAGCGACGUGGUUGCAGAUUAUUUUUUUGUUUGUCCAACCAACCUAUUUGCCAACAUCGUAUCAAGUCGUGGAGCUCGGGUGUACUACUAUUUCUUCACUCACAGAACAGACUCACACUUGUGGGGUGAAUGGAUGGGCGUGUUGCACGGUGACGAGAUGCAAUACGUGUUCGGCCAUCCGUUGAACAUGUCGAUGCCAUAUAACGCCAGGGAAAGAGACUUGAGCAUACGAAUCAUGGAGGCGUUCACCAGAUUUUCGUUGACCGGAACACCUGUAUCAGAUGACAUAGAAUGGCCACUAUAUAAUGAAUCAAAGCCGAUUUAUCAUGUAUGGAAUGCUGCUGAAAUGCACGUAGGUUAUGGACCUAGAGCAGCUGAAUGCCAGUUUUGGAACGGAUUUUUCCCGAAAAUCGCCCAAGCCUUAAAAGAAACUAGUAAAACUACUUGUGAAGAUUAUCCAGACUCCAUGCCCACUACGAAUGAAAAUUGUACGCUUAUGUCAUCGUUUGCUACUAUCAAUCCUCAAAUCUCUUUCACCGUAAUAUUUAUCUUCGUUCUACCGGCACAUGGAUUGUUCUAAAGAAAAACAACAACUUAAACAUACUAAAGUAAACCAAAAAAAUAAAUAAAUAAAAAUAAAAUGAGAAGUUUAAUAACAUUUAACGGCCAAUAAGCGUGCUCGUGACUCGGGACGUCGACACCAGCACGGUAUAUGCUGUAAAUCAAAAUUUACAUAUCAGAAACACGCAUAUCAUUAAAUACGUAGACAAAAUCUAAAUGGAAUCUGAAACGUGAUACAAGUGUUAGAAUCAACGAGAAUUCUCGAGUGUUAAUUAGAGUAUAUAAUAAUAAUAUAAAUAAUAAUAAUAAUAAUAAUAAUAAUAAUAAUAUAAAUAAUAAAAUUAAUAUAAUAAUCAUUAUAAUCAUAAAAAUACUACAAAUAACGAUAUAAAAAGCUUGUUGUCCGUUUCAAAUAAAUGCGCAAAGGACAUUGUUUUCUUAACUGGGAAACCCAAGUAUAUUACCGUAUAUUAUAUAUACAUAUAAGAUAUAAAAUUAUAAUAUAGGUAUAUAUAAUGUCUUCUAGUAAAAUUCUCCGUAUAAAUGUAUUAUAUAUAAUAUAGGUAGUAGUAGUGUAAUAAUGUAUCACAGCACGUUCUUUAAACUCAAGUCCAUUUCGUCCAAUUACACUGGGAUCACAAUAUCAACAUGCAGACAAUCUUAGCUCUUUAAUAUUGAUAAUUAAAUCAAAUAUAAGUAAACUUUUUAAUAUAGCUCAAUUACAUUUAUAUGUACGUGUGUAAAACGGCUUGAGAAAAUGAAUCUUUUUGUACAAUCUAGAUAGUAUUAUAAUAUCGUAUCUUUUAACGGAUCUAAAGAUAGAUUAUUUAUGAUGAUCGUUUUUUUCAUAUUUUUAUACCUAAGAAAAAAAAGAAAAUGAGAGAAAAUCAAGAACUUUUUAGAAAUGCUGUUAUAACAAUCGAAAUUUAACAUUAUCGUUUUAUUUAUCAAAAUCUAUAAUAAUAUAAUAAUAAAUCAAAAACUAUUGCCAAACGAGUACAAAACCAACGCAUUCGUGGGUCAACAUUAAACGGCUUUACGGAUAUAUGUUGUAAAUCAGUUUUUAAUUGAUCAGACGAUGUUAGGGAUGAGCUAUAGAGAUUUCAUUUUUUAACGAUAUCAACGUGAUUCAUUGAACGUAAAAACUCAUUAUUUCAGAAAAUAUUAACGUUUUUAAAAAUAUAUAUUUUAAUUAACUUUAAGCCAUUACAAAACAUUU